AUGCUCCAGAAUCCAUGGAUGGUCCUCCCCUUCAGGUAUAAGAACCCUUCCCUUCCCCCCUCUUCCUCUUCCUCUUCUCUUCCUCUUUUCGUCGCCGCCGAGAAGCUUUCGCCCUGCGUCCCUGUAGUUUCUUGUCCCCCAUGGCUGCCCUUACCCCCGAGGAGCGUGUCAUCCACGCCCGCUGCUGGGUCGCUGGCAUCGAGCCCGACGACGAUGAGUUCGGCAUGCGCCUGCCCCCUUGCGCGACCUGCACUCUCACGCUCGCCCGCUGCUCCUGCCCUCAACGAGUUGAUUACUGAUGUGGAGGUUUUCCGCAUCGUGCUUACCGAACGCCUCGACAACCUUGACACCCAUCUCGAUCGAGUCGAUGCGAACAUACGUCAAGAGGUGGCGGGCGUGGUCACGGCUGUUAGGGCUCUCCAGACUCAGGUGGAGGAACUUACUGCUGCUAAUGCGAAUCCCAAGGGCCAAGCACGCCCUACUUCCUCCCCUUCUGCCAUUGCUACGCCUGCCAUGUCCACCUCUCCUGAAGCCAAGGGUGCCAAGCCCACGAAGGUUGUCCGUCCCCGUAACAACGGGGAAUGGGUCGACAGCAACAUCAACGAACUCAAGAUCACGUUCGAUGAUCACCACCACCACCACGUCCACCACCAGCAACAGAAAACAAAAACAAAGCUCCACCUAACAGGCAACUGCGCCCGCUGCACCAGCCUCAACGUCGACUACGACACGGGCAAGCCGGCCAAGGGGGAGAUGGGAAGUGUGCUCAAAAAGCUGAUGAAGGACCGCAGAGUGGACCCGGGGAUGAAGUGGAGUCCGGUGUUUGGGCGGUAUGCGUUUGUGGGGGAGAGU